AAAAAAUAUCAGGGGCGAACCUGUAUUUAAAGGGAAAUAAAUCAUGCUGUCCGCUUGCUCAUCAGCGGGAACGAAGUGAAAACGAGGCUCCGGAGAUUUUCAUAACGGAGGCCAACGGUGAUAAGGCAAUGGAUCAAGAUAUGGAAGCUGAUGAAUUCUUCCCAGAUAAGUUGAUGCCAGAAGCUGAAUCUGUGGAAACUUCCGUUGAUAUAAGUAAAGAUUCUGAGAUUGUAGAGAAAUGUGGUGCCCAGGCGAUUGCUGGUGAAAGUGUUGUCAAUGGUAAUGAUGGAGGCAGGGUAAUUGAGGAUAUGGAAACUGAUGAACCAACCUCAGUACCAGAGAUGAAUAUGGAGACAGAAGGAUGCAGUUCAGAGUUGCCAAAUGAUUUAGAGGAGCUUGUCACUGAAACAACAGAGGAAGAAAAUAAAAACAUAAAUGAAGAAGCAGCAGCACCCAAUGAGGUAGAAACAUUUGGACAUGAUUCAGGUGAACCAAAACCAUCUUAUGAAAAUGUAAACCAAGAGGUUAAUGAACAAGACUCUAAUGAUAAAACAGAAAAUAACCAAAAUGACAUUGAUAAUAAUCUAGAUCUAGAAUCUAAUAAGCCAUGUGAUGAUGUUGCAAGUGCUAGUGUAGAUGAAUAUAAUUCUAAUGCUGAUGAUAUAAAACAAGGUGAGGAAAAUAGUAAUUAUGCAGAGGACACUUUCAAUGUUAAUGAUGAAUUGAGCAAUGCAAAUGAAAGUGAAGAAUUGAAUAAAGAUAAUGAUGAUGUAUUGGAUUUAGAAGAACCAUUAACGCAGAGUGAAGAUACUGAAGUUGUAAGUGGUGCAAUAGUUAAUGAUAAAGAAACAGAGAAUAUUGAUGAAACAGUAGGGUUAGUUGAAGACAGAAACACUGAAGCAAAAAGCAUUGGAGAUACUUCUCCACAUAUAUCGUUUCCACAAAAUAUAGAAGAUAUUUCAGAAGAUAGUUUAAAAAGUAGUAACCCUGACAAAACUGAUCAGUUUGGAAGUAUAGAAGGUACAUCUGGUCAAGGCAAUGAAACAGAGUUUAAUUUGAAUGUAGAAACUGGAAAAAAAGAUCUUGUUGAUGAUGAUGAUGAUGAAGAAAUAGUGCUUAUAGAUACUGGUGAAGAUAGCACGGAUAACCUGGGAGAUGAACCAAGAUUAAAGGAGAAAGAUCUAACAGAGACUGCUGUAAAUAACCAAGGAGAAAGUAAUUCUGAGCUUAAUCAGGAAAAAGAAACUUCUCCAAAUACUGAAAUUGAGACAGAUAAUAAGGACUCUGGAGAUACAGAGGGACUUGAUUUAGAACAAAAUGAAGAUAAUGUUAAUAUCAAUGAAGAAAUUGAUGAAGAAGAACUGUUGGGUGAACCAGAGCAUUCAGUGGAAGAAAUAGCUGAUAAAGAUAAAUCAACUGAUAUUGUAGAAAGUAAUGAUGCAAGUAAUGAAGGUAGUAGACAGGAAAUUUCAGAAGAAAGUGAAAGAGCAGGUGAAGUUGAUACUGAAACAGUGGAAAUUUCAGAAGAAAGUGAAAAAGCAGGUGAAGUUGAUACUGAAACAGUAGUUGAUACUGAAACAGUGGAAAUUUCAGAAGAAAGUGAAAGAGCAGGUGAAGUUGAUACUGAAACAGUGGAAAUUUCAGAAGAAAGUGAAAAAGCAGGUGAAGUUGAUACUGAAACAGUGGAAAUUUCAGAAGAAAGUGAAAAAGCAGAUGAAGUUGAUACUAAAACAGUGGAAACUGAUGAAGCAGCUGAAUCCAAGGAAGGUAUGGAAAUUAUUGAAGAUGUUAGUAAUACAGACGGGGAUCUAGGAAACAAAGAUGAAGAAAUCAGUAAUACAAAUGAAAACUUUGGUGAUACAAGUGCUGAAAUAAGCAACAUUGUUGAUGAAUCUAGAAAUAUAGAUGAAGAAAUAAAGAAUGCAGGAGAAUUAGAUAAGGUAGAAGAAGAGAACGAAAAGAUUUUAGAGGAUACCUAUGUUGAGAUGCAAGAAGAAGAUAUGGAUGUUGAAACAGAAAGGACUGAGUCUAAAGCAGAGGAGUCUGAGAACAUGGAUAUUGUUGAAAUACCUGAAGAUACAAAUGCUGAUAAGGUUGAGGGAAAUGAAAACAUUGAAGAUAAGAAUAUAGAACAGGAACAGAUUAAGGAGUCAAAAGAAGUUAAAGAAGAAAUGAUAACAGAUACAGAAUGCAAAGAUCAGGUUACUCCUGAGACAGAAACAACUGAUACAGCGGCUGUAUUUAACUCUGUAACACUUAAAUCAGAACAGAGUUCCGCUCCAUCAGAGAUAUGUAACAAGACAUCAGAAACUACGACCAGUCAACCGGACAGUUUACCCUCCACUGAAACCAGUAUGCAACCAGAUACAGUCAACAAAUCAGAGGUUCAGUUUACCGAUGAAACCUCUAACCAAUCAGAGGACAAAAGUCAUAUUAAUGUCACACCCUCUGGUGACAACUCCAACCAAUCAGAAACUGUCAGUCAACAUGAGGCCACACCUUCUGAUGAUAAUUCUAACCAAACAGAUGGAUCUUCCAGUAGAAAAUCACCAGCAUUUGACAUGUCUACUAUUAAGAUCAAGAAUGAAAGAACGGAUAGCACAGAAUCAGAUAAAGCAAAUGGAGGUGAAAAUUCACAAUCAGGGGAGAGUAAUCUGAAGAUAGUUGAUGUAAUGUCAUCUGUUGGUGAAGAUGACAAGGGAGAUAAGUCUGAACAGACUUCUGAUACUGUUACAGCCAAGGGAGAUAAUGCUGCUGAAAAAGAUAAAACUAUACAAGACAAUGCUGUUGAUGAAAAGGUUAAAGUGAAACAAGAAUCUGCACUAACAGCUACGCAGAAAGAUAAUGAAAAGAAAGUGGUUGUUGAUCAGAAAAAGAAAGUCAAGCAAGAGUCUAUUAAAGCAAAGGAAGAAGAAGAUGAUGAUGUGAUUGCUAUUAAAGAGGAAAAGAAACCAGUCCUGAAACCAAAACCAUCUAAAAUACAGACCUGUAUUGUAUGUGCAAAGGUUGGGAAAUGCAAAUAUAACAUAGUUAGAAAUGGAGAUGUGAAACAUCUGUGUGAUGAUACCUGCUUCAAACAAUUCCGUAGCAGUCCAACAACUUACCUGAAACAGGCCGAGUCAGCUGCCCAGGCCCAGACUAAAACUGAAAACCAGACCAACAGUAAACCAGCCCCUACACCCGCCAAAAAUAGUGUACCAGUCAAGUCAGUACAAAACCAACAAACAGCAUUCCAGCCGCAGUCACAAGUUUACAAAACGUGCACAGUGUGCCAACUGAUGAAUGUCCGCACUUCAAAACCGUUCCUAAACUGGCAAGGUCUCGACUUUUGUGGUGAAGAAUGUCUCGGGAAGUAUCAAGGUGGACUAAGUAGCAAUUGUAGCUAUUGCUCUGGGCCAAUCUUCCCAAAUAACAAAGCUAAGUUUUGUUGUCGUGUUGGUAACGAAGUGAAACACUUCUGUAGCGUCAACUGUAACAAUGAUUAUGUAAAACGAAUGAAACUUUGUGCAUUCUGUAAUAAAGACUUGGCUCAGAGCACAGAUUCUUUUAUGGCACCUGUUGGUGAAACAUUUAAAGAUUUUUGUAGCCAAAGCUGUCUACAGAAGUUUGAAGAAAAGAACAGUAAAGAUGUUGAAAUAGUGGGUGUGCAAAAAGGACAAAAGGCAACUAAAGCACCUAAGGGCAAUUUUGUAUGUGCGGUGUGCGGGAAAGUUGGACCAGUGAAGCAUGAGUUUAAAUUAGACUCGAAAAUGAACCGAUUAUGUAGUGAUCCGUGCUUCUCAGCAUUCCAGUAUGCAAAUAAACUGACACUAAACACGUGCGAUAAUUGUGGUACAAAUUUAAAUGCGGAAAACCAAGCUCCACAAUAUGUACAGUUUGAAGGACAGCAGCGAAGGUUCUGUAGUUUUAUGUGUGUUAAUACAUUUAGAAAUGCAAAUAAGAAAACAGUGCCCUGUGCAUGGUGUGCAAACAAGAAAAGUAACUUUGAUAUGAUAGAACGAGUGGAUGCUCAUAACAAAUAUCAGUUGUUCUGUUCCUUGAAUUGUCUAUCACUGUAUAGGGUCAACCUACAGGCUACUUCCAAUCAGGCAGUAACUUGUGACCAGUGUCGGAAGUUUGUACCUGCCCAGUACCACUUGACAAUGAGUGAUGCAUCGGUGAGAAAUUUUUGCUCGUAUGGUUGUGUGAUGCAGUUCCAGGCACAGUUUCAAGCACCUGCUAAACAGGUACCACAGCAGAAUUCACUAAAUACUGGAGUUGUUGGUAAAAGUACAAUCCCUGCUCAGCCACAGCAAUCAACAACAACAACAACACGCUCUGGCAGGGUUGUUACAAAAGCUCCUAAAGUAGCGGCUGCAGUCCAGCAACAAGUUGCUGUCAAAAAUAGAAUGGCAAAGAAGGACGACUCAUUCCCAAUUAUCUCUAAUGUUGUUUCACUAGCUCCUCAAGGUACACAACAACCGACUAACAUUAAGACAACAACCCAUGCCCUUGUAACUAACCAACAAACUGGAAUCAAGACGGCUACAACAACAACAGGGAACCAGACUGUACAACAACAAAUCAUUAUUCAGCCCCCACCACCGACAUCUAUGAAGAAUAAAUCUUUAUUAUGUAAACCAUUCACACAGACAAAAGCUACUUCUUGCCGACCACAUACACAAAUUAAAGAGGUUCAAACAGAGGGGAAAGCAGAGCCGGAGAAAUACCUGAUACCCAUACCUGUACCUAUAUACUGUCCGACACCUCUAGCCAUGUACACUCUACCUACCCCAAUAUUUAUACCAGUACCUGUGCCAAUACCAGUUCCUGUGUUCAUUCCUACAACCAAAAAAAGUGCAAACAGCAUACUAAAACAAAUCAAGGAAAUACGGGAGAAGAUUCCAGCUGAUCCACUGGAGGCGGAGUUAUUGAUGAUGGCAGAGGCGGUAGCAGGGAAAGAGGAGGAGUCAAGUAGUAGCAGUGAGGAGGAAGAUAAUACUGCUCCCCCAGAGAAAGAAACAAGUACACCAGCGCCACCUACAGGCAGUAGUGGAGGAGGUGGAGGGGGUGAACUAGGGGAGGACAUGUUACAGAUGGCGUUACGUAUGGCAUCAGAAAUGACAGACGAGCCCGUCAUGGAUCUAGAAAACUCCUUGGAGCCAGUAGCUGUCAACACAGAGCCACCCCCACAGCCGAAGCCAGUUAUUCCUACCACUCCGCAACCAGUAGAGGAAGAUGAUGAAUAUGUUCCGACAUCAGCUCGUUCACGACGUUCAAGGGGAGGUAACAAACGUCAGUCACGUAGUACGCCAAGAAGAAACCCAAAACGCCAGAAAGUUGAACUACAACCGCAGUAUCACGAGGCCACCCCGUCACCUCCAGCCCCCGCGGCUCCUCCCCCUGAUGCUAACUUCCAUCUGAAAUACACGUACGGUGUUAAUGCAUUCAAACACUGGGUACUACAGAAAAAUACUCAGAUUGAACAAGCUUCUAAACCAGGGCAUGGGAAACACUUGAAAACAUUUAAGACAGAUAUUCUUCAGUGUACAGCAGAUGAGUUGAAUUAUUCAUUGUGUCUAUUUGUGAAAGAAGUACGGAAACCUAAUGGAGAGGAAUAUGCAGUAGACAGUAUAUAUUACCUGUGCUUAGGUAUACAGCAAUACUUGUUUGAGAAUGGGAGAAUAGACAAUAUCUUCACUGACUUUUAUUAUGAAAGAUUUACUGAAGGAUUGAAUGAGAUUCUCACCAGAUACGAACCCAAACUGAAUCAUGCAGGUCAGUUAGUGUGCCGUAUAGAAGAGGAACAUCUAUGGGAGUCGAAACAGCUGGGAGCUCACUCUCCUCAUGUCCUCCUCAACUCUCUGGUUUACUUUAACACCAAAUAUUUCAUGUUAAAAACAUCAGAAGAUCAUCUCAAACUCUCUUUUACUCACAUCAUGAAACAUUGGAAGAAAACAGCAAGUGGGCGGGGCUCCGGUACCGGUCCUAAUGCUGGUAGGAGUGUCUAUCUAAGAUACUACUGUCCUACACCACAGGGGAAAGAUAAUCAGAAGAAGAAGAAAGAGGAGAUGCCAGUGUAUGAACAGACAGAAAAUCUGGAUAAUCCAUUGAGAUGUCCAGUUAAAUUGUACGAGUUCUACCUAUCAAAAUGUCCUGAAAGUAUCAAGAACCGUAAUGACACUUUCUACCUGAAGCCAGAAAGGUCCAGUGUUCCAGAUAGUCCAGUCUGGUACUCCAACCAAUCUAUAAAUAUUGAACAUUUAACAAAACUGUUAAACAGAAUUCGAUUGGUCCGUGAGAUUCAGGAGGCUCAUUUGCAUACACAGCCAAUUUACAUAUAAACUACAGAUGAUAUUGGUGAUUAUAGAACACACAUUGGAAGAGAUGGUUUUACUGUUCCUGCAGCUUUCCAAGGUUUCUGCAGCUAAAGAUGAUUGAAUUAUCAGAAUAACUAUAUAGGUAUCGUUCAAUAGCCAGAAAGUCAUUAAAAUUGAUGAUGGCUCUUUUUUGAAAACAAAAGUGUUCGAAAAGUAUUGUAUAAUGACUAGACCUAUGAGCUUUUUUCAACCCCCAUUUGCUUUUUUACAAGACCUGUGUUGUUUUUUUUUCUACCACCACAAUUUUCUGCGACGUCUUUGUCAUAUUCUGCAGGGAAAACAUCUUGACAUAUUGCAGAGAUAUUGAUCCCUGUCAUUUGGUUUGAGAUAUUCUCGAAAACUUAUUUACAUAAUUGACUGAUUGAUAUCAAACAAGAAAAUCAGCUGUACUGUACAUGCUUUAUAGUGUAUCAUAAGCUUAUAUUAGUGGAGGUAAUUGAUAUGCUUCUUGUUUAAUGUAGUGAAUAUGAAAGCAUAUUUGCUUGCUUUUAUGUAUAAACAAGAUUAUUUCCAAGAUUGCAGCACUACCAUGUGUCUCCCUGUAGCAAAAUAUUGUUGAAAUAUUUCUUAUUUCUAUAUAUAUAUAGAAGUUUUUAGAAGUAAAUCUUUAGGUUUACACAGUUUUCUAAGAAAACUUGUCCGAUUAUUUCAUUAUACCAGUGAUUUGCAUUAUUACUUUUUUUAUCAUUGUUUUUUUAAAUCAUGUUGAAAUUGUUUUAAAUUCAUAAACCACCGCUUUGUUACAUUUAUUUUCAUUCAUAGUUUUUGUAUAUUUUUAAUCAAUGAAAUGUAAAUAAAUCCUACAUCAAAGCAAAACCGAUAUAAAAUUGUUUACUAUAUAAUUUGUCAUCUUAGUGCAAUAACCAGUUAACUCUUAUAAAAUUAUAUUAGGAGUUGACCUGUAAUUGUACAAAGGGGGCAAAAUUAUGAUAGAAAUUUGAUGAUUUUCACAAUUAAUCAGAAAAUGCAAUUAUUUGUAUGCAAUUAUGAUAGUGAUUCUUGGAACUUGGGCCAAAUUGGUUGGCAAAAAUCUACUAUAAAUAAUGUGCAUGCAUUGAAGAUGACAGAAUAUCGUCAAAAAUUAUUAAAUUGAGGUUGGGAAAGGUUUUGUACACAUCACUUCAUUACUGCAUAAAAGUUUUAAAAACCAUAAAAAAUAUUGAUGAUUAAGUUGAUUCAUUUGUUCUAGAAAUGAUGUUGUUUUUGUCAAUAUUUUUGUCACAGUAUAUAUACAUAGAGCUAGAAUUUUUGUCAUUUUUACUCCUGGCAUUCAGCCGGUCAUUUGUAAAUGUUUGUAACUUCUUUAAUUGUAUAUUUACAACAUCAGUAUGUGUGCUGCUAUAUUAGUUAUAUUUUUAUAUGUUACUGGAGAAAAGUUUGAGAGUAAACACACAUGAAAUAUUUGAUUACAGGAAGUUUUGAUUAUAGAAGUGUUGAACAGAAAAGUGUCAUAUUGGCUCCAUAUUCCUAGUCUAUAAAUGAACAUGUUAGACUGGGUGAUUUAUUUCACAGGAGUUGAGAUUGUUAUUAUAAUUGGCAGCUCCAGUACCAGGGUUGUGGAAUUAUGUUCUGAACUUUAUUUUGUAUGAAUCAUUUAUUGUCCCCCGCCUUUUCGAAGAAAAAAGGGGGAUAUAGAAAUAGGCUCCAUCCGUCUGUCCGUCCGUCUGUCCGCC